CAUCCAUCCCAUCCCAUCCAGAUCAGCCAUGGCUCAACUCGUAUUACGGUAUUAUCGGCGUAUCGCGAGGGGAAUGAGAGUGCCCUCUCAGAGCAAGCGCUGAUCUCGGCCCGGCGGGCGGUCAGCGAGAACUCAGAUACUGUGCGUCCCUCUCUCUCUCUCUCGUAGGUCCAGCACGGUUUGCCACGAUAGGAAAUAUUUAUCAUCAUAAUACAUAUACGGAGGUCCGCAUUCCACUGCCAAAUGCGAACACCUCAGACAAGACAAAGACAAAAAGUGCUCGGUCAGCUUGCCGUGUUUGUGUCGCGCAGGUUCGCCUCGCCUCGCUCCCCGACUUUUGCUUUCGUCCCAGUGAGUGGAACCACGUUCGUCGCACAGCAGGGCCUCUCCUUUCGUCGUCAAAUUUGCUUUGCACAACAAAUCCUGCGAAACACAAUUUAUUACCAAGCAACACUCCCCCAAACCUUCCAUACUCGCGAAGAGGAGAACAAGCUGAUUACACAAGAUGACGGACGGGGUUGCGGGAAGCGGAUCUCGCGCUUAGCCGGUCCCUGAACUUACCUAAUUCCUAUUCCCGGUCUGGCUGGCUGGCUGGCUUUCCCUUUCCGGACAGCCGAUGACGGCGUGCCUGAGGUUUCAAGUUGCAUUCGUCGUCCGCUUAUAUAAUCAGCUGCCACGAGACGGCACGUGCAUCGUCCCAUCUCACCAUCAACCUCACUCACGAACCUCAAACCCCGUCCCCAUAAACCCGCUGACAAAACACACACACCCACAACCUCACACACAAACUCCGCCUCCUCUAAUCUCCAAUCUCCAUCCUAACACACACACCAUG